CGGAGAAGCCACUGUUCACGCUCUGGUUUGACCCUUCCACGCAGACGAGGUCACUCGAACAUCAGAAGUGCCGAAGCAGGUUGCUUUGCGCAGUUUGAGUACCCCGAGCUUAUACAAGGAUUCGAUUGUACCUCGAUGUCCAGACGGGAGAUUUAUCACAGCUCCGGAGCGGGCCUUGAUGGUCCUGAUCUGAUGAUCACUGACCCAAAGGUCCUACCUUUGACAGAAGACGGGAAGACGCCGAAAGGAUUGGCGGCAGCCUUCAACCGAGCAUCUCUCUGGAUUAGUUCUACUCGGCAACAGAACCCUCAGGCUGGAGUACUGUUCCUUGAUAAGCCGCUGUGGAGGGAUGCUGCCCCGUCAAAUUUACGGAAGGCAUCGUUUCCUACGACCAAGAAGACUAGCCCGGUCAUGGAAGCACAGAGACCCCGAGUUGCUGCCCCCGACGGGUAUGACAAUCGUGAAGAUGAAGAGGUUCCAUGCCUGGAGGACUUGGUUUACGAAAUGCUCUGCCACAACUCCAAUGAAAACACGCAGGUGGUUGAUCCAGCAAGCUUCAUUGCGAACGUCCUGUCCGACGUUGUCUACAAUCACUGGCUCGAGUUGUUCGAAGUUUUGGCGCCCCCGACAGCGUCGCAGCCGAAGUUGAUCGAAAGAGAAGUAUCGAAGAGCAUCACUCUCUAUUGGUAUAUGGUGCAAUCACUUGAGCGAAACGCCGACUUCACUCCUUUCUAUGCCGACCGCAAUGGCCAUAUCAAGGGGUGUGACAGAGGUUCCUCAUCUGGAUCGGAAUGGAAGACGCUGCUUUCUCGAGCUAAGCGCCGAAUCGCUCUUCUCACUGCAUCACCAGGCGUCCCUAUUCUCUUACCUAUCCCCACGCCUCCCGAAAACCCACCAACAUGCGUGACCCAGGAGAAGGUCAAGCCGCCGAAAAAGAGAUCAACAGCCAUGGGCUUUACAGCUAAGGUCACAAACAUUCCUCUAUCCAGGACGACAACACCCGGUGACAACCUGAACCGGAAUGCAACAUAUGCAAGCCUGACACCUCAACGCAGCCAUCUUCAUCGUAUCAGCUCCCACCAGCAUGGUACAUCCAACAGAUUAUCUGCCGAUAACCAACGGGCCCUCGAACGUAUCUCCUAUCUAGGUGGAAUCCUACUUCCAUUUCCCAUUGUCUCUGGGAUUCUCUCCAUGGGCGACGAGUACGGACCGGGCGCUCCCAAGUUCUUUAUCUUCUGGGCGGCAGUCAUUCCGCUUUCUAUCGUUGCCUGCCUGAUCAUUUACGCGGACAUAGUCCGUAAGGCUGAGGUUUGGGUUGAGGUUGCCACUGAACGGGUGGUAGUCAGUUCACUGUCGAGUGCGGCUGCAGUGUUUCCUUACCCCCUUCCUGAUCUUCCCGUGGGGGUAAAUAUUGAUGACACAGGUGACACUUGUGGGGCUGGAGUUACCGAUGUGGAUCGGAACAGAGGUGGAGGGGAUACGGAAGAAACACCCCCAAAGGACUUCCUGUCCUUGAAGACAUGGCGCUGGUGGAUCGGAAAACUUAUCUGGCAAAAGCACAGACGGAUGAAGAGACAGAUGGAGAUGCGACGUCAUCCAACCCAUGAUCAUGGCACGGAAGUUAACCUGGAUCAAGAGGAAGGUGGCAGCUAUGCUCAUCAAAGAGGACAGACUGACGAGGAGCAAACAAUCGGAAUCAACCCUUUCGUGGGAAGCACAGACAGAACUGGGUUUUAUCCUCCGCCCGAUACUGCUUCACCGACUGCUCAACCAUUCUCUCAAACGGAUCCCCACAAACAACGUCCAUCUUUACCGCCGUCUUUCCAACUGCCGACGGCUACAGGCAGUCACUAUGGCGAUGGCAAUAUUCAAGACAAUGGUCAGGUACUGAACGAGGAGACUGUCGACACAACCCCCAUUACACCACUCUCACCCGGCCACGUCCAUUUGAUGAUGAUGCCCCCUGGGAUGACGCUAGCACAAACUACGAGUUACCCUGAUCCUCAGAGACGUGUGGGAUUUGAUGCAGACACGGAAACCGAGACCACUCAGAUGGAUGAGUCAGAAGAGGGAUCGGUGUCAGGAGAAGCGCUACCUCGCGUGAUACUGGAGAUGACACCAUCCAACGGAAUCAAGCCGAAGGCGUGGAAAAGACAGGAACUGGGCUGGUAUGGUGCUGUCAAAAGGAUUGUGAACCCCAAGCAACUGAGAGCGCUGGAGGAUGUGCCGGUGGGCGUGGAGGCGCACGAAAGACAAAAGAGUUCGGCCAGUGGAAUAAGGAGAAGGAAGACUAGGACCUACUGACGUCUUAUCCCUGAGAAGAUUUGCAAAUGACGCUCGAUUGUAUCCCGUUGAGGAUGGUUCCAUGAUAUCUGUCUGUGGCAAUGGGUGUGCAAAAUCUGGGAGUCGCCAUGACUUGAUUGAUACUUUUUCAGAAUAUUAUUAGCAGAGCAAAGGCUGGUUGUAUAUCAUAUGCUGCCCAAGACCGAUAAAGAACAAAAAGAAAACGGGUAAGGGAUAGGAGGAAGGUUGUAAUCAAGGGUGUGUAUGUCAAGGGUCAUAUUGGGACAAUGUACGAAGGUGAUGUGAGUAGAUCUGCUGUCUACAGGUCCAGAAAAACCUCGAGGGACACCAAAACAAAGCG